CACCAGCUCACGCUCGCCGACUUUCGGUACUGGAGCGCCGAGGGCGCGCCUCGUCCUUCGGGCGGCCCGCCCGCCGUCAACGCGCCCGUUGUGCAGAGCCAGUCUGAGACGGGCGGCGAGACGCGGGACUGGAACGGCGACUACCUCGCCGGGCCGUUUGGAGAGGCCGACGUCAUGUUUGCAACCUCCUUCGAGGCGCUCGGCAAGCUCUACGCGCACGCAUCCGGCGGGCGGAGCGGCGCGACGGUUAGCACCGCAGACUUCAUGCAGCGCCACGCCCGGCUCGAGGCCACCACGACGGCGAGCGGGUACAACCCCCUGCUCAAGGACUUUGUGAACCAGGCCUUUUUCGUCACGGGCGAGGAUGGCGGCUAG